UACCCAAAUCGUUGUUCUUUUUAGAAGCUUGUAUCUUAAAUUCUGAACAUUUAGGUCUUGAUGUUUGAGAUUGAUGAUUCCAGUUCUGAGUGAAACCCUUCUCUCCGAGUGCAUGAUAAAUUCCACAUACAGGCGCAGGGACCAUUUAGUUCAAUCCUUCUCUGUCGUCUUCCUUUACUGGCUUUAUUACGUUUCAUGACUUCACCUCCCAUCAAACCCUACAAUAGUAAUAGUAAUUAUAACUAAUAUUUCUACUAGUUUCUGCAGUUUUUGAGUUUUUGUUUUUGGGUCCUGCAAUAAUCUCUCCCUCAGUUAAUUUCUGUGAAAAUCUGCGAAGUUUUUCUGUGGUUUUUAUCAAUGGCUUCGUCCAGUGGGACAUCUUCAGGCUCCUCCCCCAUGAUUCAUCGAAACUCAGGCUCUGAGGAAGACUUGAUGGCUCUGAUGCACCAGAGGAAGAGGAAGAGAAUGAUUUCGAACCGCGAAUCGGCGAGGCGGUCUAGGAUGAGGAAGCAGAAGCACUUGGAUGAUCUGACGGGCCAGAUCAACCAGCUGAAGAAGGAGAACCAUCAGAUCAUCUCCAGCCUCAACAUCACAAGCCAGCAUUACAUGAACAUUGAGGCAGAGAACUCUGUUCUCAGAGCCCAAGCUGACGAGCUCAGCGGCAGAUUGCAGUCCCUCGAUGAGAUUGCCAGUUUCUUGAAUGCAAACAAUGGUGGGCUCCAUGCAGCUGCUGCAGAUUCAAGCUGCUUCAAUGAGCCUAAUAACAGUUUCUUCGACCCCUUGAAUCUGUCACAUCUUAAUCAGCCUAUUAUGGCCUCUACAGAUAUGUUUCACUACUGAUCGUGAUCGUGGUCUUGUUCGUGUUCAGGUUUAUUCAUUUAUAUCUGUGUCGUGUUUGUGCGGACUUACUGAUACGAUGCAUAUGAGCUUCUUUGGAAUUUGGAUCGAUUAAUAAAAACUAGAGAGAGAGGUGUGUAGUUUUAUUUUACUAAGGAAUAAUUUUAUGUGUUAGAUGUAAAACAAAAGGGCUAUCAUGUUGGCGUUGGUCUGUAAAUGAGCGCUAUGGAAUUUUCUUAUUAGCUAUUAAUGUAGUUGUUUUCCUAUUUCUUUUUAUUAUAAUAUUGACGAAGUUCUCUUCAA